AUGACCGAAGCAUCUCAACGACCGAAUCUCCGAAAGCGCUCGAGUGUUUUCGCGGACGCUGACUACUCGUUCACGGUGAUGCUUCUCGGUGACGAUUUGUGCACAGGGAAAACAUGUCUCUUGAUACGAUUCAAGAUGGAACUUUCUCAACAACAAUUUCAUUUCACACACGCUAAAAUCCAGAUUUGGGACACAGCCGGGCAAGAGCGUUUCCGCUCGGUGACUAGCUCUUACUACCGAGAUGCAGAUGCGCUUCUUCUUGUAUUUGAUGUUGCAAGUAGAAGUUUCGAGAAUAUUCGCAAGCUGGCUCUCGCAAAUCAAAGAGCACGCCAGGAGUCCGUUCAAUUGACGAUUGUCGGCAACAAAAGUGAUCCCAGCAGGACAACGAAAGUGAAAAUCGAAGAGGGGAGACAAUUGGCGGCUUCCUACAGCAUUCCCUACAUUGAGACAAGUGCGAAAACUGGGCACAACGUCGAUUUGGCUUUCUCAAUGAUUUGGCGAGGUGAUCGAUUUGGCGGUAAGUCAAAAGUCGUCAUGGAACGGAUACUCCUACGGGUGCUGUGCGUUUACAAUGAG